UAAAAAGAGGUAGAAGAAUAAGGAGACAGAGGAAGAGGGAAUGCUGGGGUGUCGGCUGCAUCUUCGACCAACGGGAGUUGGCAUUCCCAUGCAGAAGAGACAAAGACGGAGGCGGUGAGGGGGAGGUGUUGAGGAGGAGGUAGACGGAGGGGAGUAAAGUGUCGAAGAGCGAGGUAAAGGCAGAGCUCAGUCAGUGGGAGCAUUGAGCUGCAGGAGCUGCUCGGAUUUUACUGGCAGAAAAAAAAACAAAACAAAAAAAAAAAAAAAACAGAAGCCCCUCGGUGUGAAGAGCGCUCCUGUCCCGGACCGCUGUGCGCUCUGCAGCUCGUCGUGGCUCACCCAGUCUGAAGCGGAUGCGCUGAUAGAGCCUGCAGACCAAAAACAACAACAGCAACAAAAAAAAAAAAAAAAAAAAAAAACUUUCUCAUUGUGGUUCCCAGCAAAGUGCCAACAGUAUGCCUAAACAAGUGGAGGUGAGGAUGCAUGAGAGCCACCUGGAGCCCAUCGAGGCGAGGCCUCGGUCCAAAUGUGCCCAAAUCUGCUCCAAAAUGUUCAAGAACCUCCUGCUCACGCUCACAGUCCUUGGAGUGAUCCUGGGAGCUGUAGCAGGGAUGCUGCUGCGUGUUGCCUCUCCAAUUCAUCCGGAUAUUGUCAUGGUGAUUGCUUUUCCUGGAGAUAUUCUGAUGAGGAUGCUGAAGAUGUUGAUCCUGCCUCUCAUUAUCUCCAGCUUAAUCACAGGGCUUGCUGGCCUGGAUGCCAAAUCUAGUGGUCGCCUCGGAACCAGAGCUAUGGUCUACUACAUGUCCACCACUAUCAUUGCUGCUGUCCUGGGUGUCAUCCUGGUGCUAGUCAUCCACCCUGGCAACCCCAAACUGAAGGAAAAUCUGGGCGAGGGCGAGAAAAACGAUGAUGUGUCCAGCUUGGAUGCCUUCUUCGAUCUGAUAAGGAAUCUCUUCCCAGAAAACCUGGUGCAAGCCUGCUUCCAACAGAUCCAAACAGUCACAAAAAAAGUUGAGGUGGUUGUGGAGGAGGAAGUUAAUGUCACCACUAUGGAGGGCCUGGUGGCUAACAUUACCAAGGAGCCACAGUUCAUCAUCAAAAAGUCACUUCAGUUCAAAAGUGGCAUGAAUGUUUUGGGUCUGAUUGGUUUCUUUAUUGCAUUUGGCAUCUGCAUGGGCAAGAUGGGAGAGAAGGCCAGACUCAUGAUUGAGUUCUUCAAUAUCCUCAAUGAGAUUGUGAUGAAACUUGUCAUCAUGAUCAUGUGGUACUCUCCCUUUGGUAUUGCCUGUCUGAUUUGUGGCAAGAUCAUCUCCAUUAAGGACUUGGAGGUGGUGGCCAGGCAGCUUGGCAUGUACAUGGUGACUGUGAUUAUUGGUCUGAUCAUCCAUGGCGCAAUCUUCCUGCCCAGCAUUUAUUUCGUCAUUACAAGGAAAAACCCCUUCACCUUCUUCUUGGGAAUCUUCCAGGCCUGGAUCACUGCUCUGGGAACAGCUUCCAGUGCUGGCACACUUCCUGUCACAUUCCGUUGCCUGGAGGAGAAUUUGGCAAUUGACAAAAGAGUCACUCGUUUUGUGCUCCCAGUAGGUGCCACCAUCAAUAUGGAUGGAACUGCUCUCUAUGAGGCUGUGGCGGCCAUCUUUAUUGCCCAGAUGAAUGGUGUGCAUCUUGAUCCUGGUCAGAUUGUCACAGUCAGUCUGACAGCCACCCUUGCCAGUGUUGGAGCAGCCAGUAUUCCCAGUGCCGGCCUGGUGACUAUGCUGUUGAUCCUUACUGCUGUCGGCUUACCAACCCAGGAUAUCAGUUUGCUGGUUGCUGUUGACUGGUUAUUGGAUCGUUUCAGGACCUCAGUGAAUGUGGUGGGUGACUCCUACGGUGCAGGGAUUGUGUACCAUCUGUCCAAAGCUGAGCUGGAUGAGCUGGAUGCGCACAUGGCUAAAUCAGACGACAUCGAAAUGAUGACAAAGACCCAGUCCUACUAUGACGACAUGAAGAACCACCACGAGAACAAUUCCAACCAGUAACCUCAGCCGCUAACGGUUCUGCUGCGGAGUGCACGCUUGUUGAGGAGGAACCAUGGAAACAUGAAUAAUGGCAGCGCAGAGAUCCCCCUGCUCCUGGGCUCCACGAGCUUUCCUAUCUGGUGAUAAAACAAGAAGAGUGAAUGAAAAGUCACAUGAACAGAACUACUAAUGUUUUUUUUUUGUUUGUUUUUGUUUUUUUAUGUAGUUUUAUUUUUUUUAUUCUUAGACCCUUUAAGAAGAUUUUGGUAUUUUGUCCAUCUGAGUGGUAUGUUAUACUAAUUCACAUAACCGUGAACUGACAACAGAGUUAUACCUCACUUUUUAGCGCGCAGACACAUCCUGUAUAUCAGAUACUUGCACAACAUACUUCAAGGCUUGGGGAGGGAAGAAAGAGAGAAUUAUUAAUGAAUAUUUUUUUCUUAGGACUACAGUUCAGUAUAUGCUUAUAUAAAAAGCAACAAAGUAGUGGUGCAACUCACAUGCACUGAGGGCAUCUUCCACAUGUUAUAAAGAUGGCUCCUUUUUCUGAGUGGGAACCACACCAAUGAUGGAUGCAACUGAUUUUAUCUGUGUUUAAAAUGAUGUAUUUACACCUUCAUAAAAAAUCUCUGGUAGAUCAAUUUACGAUAAUCAAGUACUCUGAUCAAAGGAAAAUCCUUCUGAGCCUCUUCACAUACAAGUAUUAUCACAAAGCACAAAUUAUUUCCACAAACCAGAAUUUGUUUCCCCUCUUCUUUUUUUGUCUUCUGUGAAGAAAAUUGACAUUCUUCUUUCACAUAUUGAGAGAGAUUUUAAAACUAAUUUAUUUGUGUCAAGAAAGCAUGACCAAGUCAAGAAUAGGGACCAAACAGGCAAAAAGUCAACCGGCUAACAGAAGCCUUUCCUCUGCCUCCUUACGCACUUGCAACACAUUGUCACUUUUUUUAAAAUCCACAAUAUGAUGCAAGUAAAAUCCCUAAAAUAUUUAUGAAGCACUUUUCUCUUUUUCCCCCAAAGUACCUUUACGAUGCCAAUGAAAUUAAAAUUUGUUUGUAUUCCUCAAAAAAAAGAAUAAAAUAUAUAUACAAAUAUUGCACCCUGAAAGAAAUGUAUGGAUUAUAUGGAGCACAAUUAAUGUCAAAAUGCCAAGUUUAAUUUGUAGUUAGUGUUUUUUUUUUCUUUUCUUUUUUUGGCCAUUACAACUUUGUUGCAUAUGGAAAUUGAUUUACAGCAAACACCAGACACUCAGGCUUUUUAUGUUUACCUUAUCAAGAACUCUUGUAAUGUCAAACUGUUUACUCUUAUCAGCUAAAGGAAAUGGCUUCUUGUUAGCACCAUUUAUCAGUGCUUUGUCUGUGAAAAAAAAGUGUUUAUCUUCAACAUUUAUACUGAAAGAAAUGUGAAAAUAUUGUGGAAAAUGAAGAUUUCAAGCACACUCAUUCACAUGGUUUUUAAGCUAUAUUCCACUGGGGGAAUCAGUUUUUUUUUCUUCCUGUAAGCACAGUCAUCCCUGAGCACUUAUGAAGCACAGUAGGUGAAGCAACAACCACAAUUCACAAUCUCAUCAUAUUUCCAAGAGGCUUCCUGUACUGCAAUCAGUGUUUAUGCCAUCAGAGCUCAAGACUGUUUCUAUCAACCCUAUAUGCUGCAGCUGUCUUUUUGUGCCAAUAAGAGGACAUUUUAGAGGACUCAGAACAGAAACGGGUUAAGCUAAGAUUAUUCAAACUAUCUGCUGCUGAUUAUAAAGGUGGCAAAGGUUUGAACAAAGCAGGGAAAACUGGAAAACUUGUUGAAGGGAUAGUUCAGGAUUUUUUAAGUGGUCUUCUAAAUUGUUUUAUGCAGUUGAUAUCUUAACCCUUCUGAUGCCUUCAUUUAGUAGAAAUCUGAACUGGGUGGUCCCAAAGGCUGAAGCUAACGAUUAGUUAGGAAUGGCCCAUGACCAUAGUGAACUUCUAAAAAACUCUGGUCUCAGAAAUGUCAAAGCAAUUCAUCAAACCCAUUUUUAUUAAUGAUUAUUUACAGAGGAAAUGGUGGUUGUAGGUGGUGCAUCACCAGUGGAAUGAAUCCCUUAGAGCAAAAUGGAUAUGUACUGCUGCAUUUUCAUUUGCUCUCCACAUGUAAAUUUUUGAUGAGAAUUUUCUUGAUAAUAAACAUGUUUUUUUCAAAAGUGCAACAUUUUAAAAACACCAUGGUUUAACUUAGUGAACAGAGUAGCUUGAGAAAACUAAAAGCAAUGACGUAAAGGCACUCUUUGUGCAUGGACAUAAUGGCUUUCUAGAAACCACAACAAUAUUAUAGCUGUUUAUUAUCCCUGCCUUACUUUGUUAUGAUUCAUUUGAAUUAACUUCAAAUGAAGUAAAUGAGGCAAUAACCAAUAAAAACUUUUUUUUUAUUCUUUCUUUUUUCCAACAGUUUUGGGAGAACAUUGUGUAAAACAUUCCCCUGUUGAUACAACUGUUCAAAGCAAACAUGGCAGUUGUUUUAAAAGGCAUAAAAUGGCAUUAGCAUGAAUUGCUAUGAUGCUCCAAUUGGAGUUGUUCUGUUCCAGCCUUCAAGGACCUGAAUCCUGAACUUUCCCCUCAUCCUGGUGUGAGUGGGCCGUGAGACUUUAGUUACGAGGGAGUUGAUUAAGUCGUUUUUUUUUUUUUUUAGGUGGAUCCUUCUUUCCUCUUUUGUUUCUUUUUUUUCUUUGUGCUGAAAUGAAAACCAUGCCUUGAAGGUGUUCAAAUCAAAUGUCAUUUACUGUAACAAUAGUAAACCUAACUUAGCACUUUGUCCUUUAGUUCUCAAAGUACAUUCUCGGUUUACACCUGUUUAAGUUAAUUUAACAUAAACGAGGCGUGUUGUGAACAACAUUGGUGUUCUACUUAACAUAUUAAAGGACUGAUGCAUACUAAAACAAAUAAAACACACACAUAGACACUCAUUGAAUCACCUGGGCUUUUAUUCCUGAACACAUAUAUUAAAAACACUUAAAUCUUAAAGGUCAGUCAAGUCUGAUCUAUAUUUCCUGAGCUGCAGAGCACAGAAGUGACACCUUUAAAGGCUCUUUAAGCCUUUCCUUUAGCUCUUGUGUGAUACAUAUAUAUAUUAAAAAAGAAAACUUCUCCAGUGAAGAGACAAUGCAAAUCAUAGUGUCCCAUAAGAGUGUUGAAUGACUACUAUGUUCAAUGUUAUGGUUGUAGACGCAUGAAUUAAAUAAAAAUUCUAAUUAUUUUUUUGCACCACUAUCGCAUGAUAUUUUGAAGUGCUUCCAUGCACUUUGUGUAUAUAUUGUAGUUAACAGAUUUUGUUUUCCUUUUAUUGGUUUGUUUUGUUUCUUUUUAAAUGCCAUGUAGAAAUAAGGUUUCAUUCCUGUGACUCGUUGAAAUGUAAUCAGCUAGAGAAAGGGAAAAAAACAAACAAAUAAAAAAAAAAAAACAUUUGUUUUAAUAGAUUAGACGAAAUGUAUAGAAGAUGACAUGUAAUAAAUUGCCUGUCUGAAUUUAUUUUCUAAUUGCUGUUAACUAGCAUUUUAACAGUUCUGUCACACAUAUGACAUAUAAAUAUCUUUUCUUUUGUAUCUAAUGUAAGCGUUUUGAAUGUUUGUUCCAUAAAGAUAUAAAGCGGUGUGAAUUCAUUUUCAUUGUACAUAUAUGGAUAUAAUUGUUCUGUUCUGUGGCAAUGCAGAGGUUAAUUGAAAUUGCAGAGAUCUUGAAUCAAACGCAGUUUGUAUGAAGAGAGGUGGUUAAGAAGAGAAAUAAAAACGAGAGUAAAAAAAAUGUUUCUUGUUUUAGAAGGAGGCCAAUCUCACUUAUUUAGGGUAAAACUGAUGUUAUGAAGGUAUUUAAAGACGAAAAAAGGGUAAAGUUUGCCCUUGGUGUAGGACACACAGAGAGAGAAAAAUCAUAGCCAAGAAGUUAAUCAGAGAGAAUAAAUGACUGCUAUUCCUAUGCCUACCACAGUAUACAGCAACGAUCCUCAGGUGAAUUAUCUGAAUCAUUUUCAAAGGAAACAUGCUGGCUUCUGAGUCUCAGGCAUGUUUGUUCCACUGACUCAUUUAAAUAUACAAGUCAUGAAUAUCUAGACCCAUUCGAGUCUAUGCCUGCCUUCAGUUCACCCCUUCUUCACACAUCCCACCUCUUUUGCACAAUCAAUGCCAGUGAAGUUUACAGGAAUCCCAUGUUUUGUUUUUUUUUUUUUUUAUUGCCUUCAGUCUCAACAGCUUUUUGAAUUUCACACAUAAACAGGUAUGUUGAGAGACCUGACACCUGCUCAGCUAAAUGUUACCAAUUUGAUGCAAAGUAACUGACAAUAAAAAGCUGGAAUAUUUUUAAACACUGUAAAGUGUGUCUUUUUGAAGGACUCCAUAAGUAGACAUGAUGGUCUGUUUCAUAGCUGCCUUAAAUGAGUUGGGGUCUGCCCUUAUUGUAAUGAUGUUGUAAUAUCAAUGUAAUGGCAAGAGAGUAUGUGUGUGAGAAAUAUACUAUUGGGUUAAAAUAAUAGAAUGAAGCAUUCUUUCCUCAGAUUUUGGUUGACAUGAAAACAAAAUAUCUGUUUCUACAUAUCAACAAAUGUUGUACCUUUGGUGUACAUAUACAAAUAUAACUAAUAAAUGUUCAUAACUAA